AUGAACAACCCAAAAACUGGUUCAGAGUCAGGCGACAAAAAUACUGAAGAAGAAACCAACAUUACAAAACCCCCUUGUGAUGACAUACUGUUGAAAUCUGAUGACAAUUGUACUCAACUUACUAUCCAAAAGUUUUUUGAAUUCAUGCAGACUGCUUAUCAGCUCAAUGAUAGCUUUGAUGGUCUCUCGAGUAUUUUAGCAGCUCACAGCGAGAUAGAUUGGUCUGAAUUAACUAAAAUCGAUCUUGAUUUACAAUCUGAAAACAAAAAAAAUAGUACACUACUACCCUCACCGUGUUCUGAACAACAACAACAACAACAAAAAGAUGAAAAAACGGAUUGUCCAGCAAAUUCGAAUAAAAAUCCAUCGGACUUGCAAUCACCGUUUAAAAAAUUCAAAGUACCCAGCAGUGAGUCUGCAGAUGAUAAUAAACAGCAUCAGUUGUCUAAAAUGAUGAAGAAAAAUCUUAGUGAUGUUUUACAUGAAGGCUUGCUAGACUCUGUACUGCCUUACAUGCUUCCUAAACCUGCACCAACGAUAUCACAGCCAAUAAAUAAGAAACUCCCAGUUGAAGUUAAGAAAUGUUCUUCUCUACAAAACAGUACUGUUGAUAAAUCCAACGGAGUGCUUUUGGCUAAUAAUUGUGAUCAAAAUAAAGACAAAAAUAAAUUUCACAGAAAAUCUAGCGAAGUUGAAGUGGAGAUUCACGUUUGUGACGAGGCAAAAAAUAUAAAAAAAGACUUUAAAUGUCCUCAAAAAUUAUUAAUACAAAAAAUGUGUUACUUUGCUGACGUUACCACUGGGCAGAAGCUAGAAGAAAUGGAUAUUUCUGUUCACUGUGAUAUUGUCAUUUUUGACUGGCUAAUGAGAUGGGUUAAAAAAGAUUUAAUCAAAAAAUCUGAGUGGCCGGUUUUGGAAGCUACCAAUGUCAUACCAAUAACAGUCUCAGCAUCAUUUUUACAAAUGGAACCUCUUCUAGAACAAUGUCUGGUUUUUUGUCAUCAACAUAUGUCCCAAGUAUUGAAAACAUCAACCAUUUUAACUUGUCUCAAUGAUAAUAUUUUCACAAGAUUAGCAGAUUUAUUUAGUAAUAUCGACGUCGAAAACCUAAAAGAUAAGAAAGAUAAAGUACAGAGCCGUUUAUUCUGUAAAUUGAUAAUGUCACUGGUCGAUCCAGUCCCAAGUAAUAAAAGAGGACAUUACAGUUCUUUAGCAACGUUAUUUAAAUGCACCAAGUGCGGUAAAAUUUUGAUACGUUCUGUAUCUGAUACCGUUCCUUGCACACCGAGUGCUAUCAAGAUUGAUUGCAGAGGAAAUAUUUACAGCAAACAUUCUCGAGAUCUUACGUGGUCAUUGAAUGAUUAUAUAGUUAACUUGAGAUCAGAAUUGCGCUCAUGGAGAAAGGUGUACUGGCGUCUUUGGGGUGAUUGCCAUUUUCUUUAUUGCCGUCAAUGCAAUACCCACUUUCCGAUAAACCAAAUGGAUUGGUGUUCAUACCACCCGGAAAUCCCUCAGUUUUUUGCCAAUGAACAACAGAGAUCAACACCGUAUCCACUAGGAAGAUAUCCAUGCUGCAGUCAACGGGCUUAUCGCUUUGAAGCUAUUCCUAAUAGAGAAGGAUGCCGAUUUAAAGAACACAUACCAACGGUUUCUGUGGACAGUGAUGGACAUGUUUUGAAUAUUUUUACUUUGUAUCGUGACACCAUUACUCAAGAUCCUCCACAAUUAUUUUUUCCAGAAAAAAUAACACGGUUAGUCGCACGGGAUCCUGAACUUCAGUCAGGUAAGUUAUCGUGCAAAGAACCGAUGCCCUGGGAUGGAAUUGAACUGACUCCGCCAAGACCUAAACUUGGCUUACUGGCAAAACUUUGGGGCGGACCUGGUGUCCGUAAGCCAUAUCAAUUUACUAAUGGUGCUAAUAAUAAUUUGGAUGGACAUAAGUCACGUAAGCUGAUGCCACAGAACUCUCAAGUUGACACGUUGUCCAUGAAUACUUCAACAAGUGACAGCGAUAAUGAUGACGAUGACAAUGACGGUAUUACUGCACGUGGAGACAGUAGCGUUGAUGAUGAUUCUGAUAAUAACAGCGAAGAAUCUCAUGGUUUACCAUUAUUUAAACCUACUGGUAAAAUAAAACGACGAUGCCAUUUAAUUAAAAGGCACGAAGGAGGACGGUGUUGGAACAUGAAUUUGUUGGUAAAAUACAAUCAGGACAACCAACGAGAUUUUGAAGAACGCGCAGCAUCUCAAAUGAUCGGUUUGUUAACUAAAAGGACCUCCGCUGAAUGCUUAAUCAAUAAACUUCAUAAACAUUCAUAUGCUUCCAACAGUCAGUCUAUAAGCGGAAGCUACGUUAAACUAGAAGCCGAGUUUAAAGAACAAACGGCUCAUUCCAUAAAAAAUAAAAAUAAUAAUAAUAAUGUCAAAGAACUCAAUCGUUCACGGUCACUUAAACAUUAAUAAUAAUUAAAUAAA